AUGACAACUACAAUACCAUUAAAAGAAGCAGUGGUUGUAAUUUUAGAUAUAGGAUUAGGUAUGACAAGUAAAGAUAGUGAUGGAACAACAACAACAACAUCAUCAAUUGAAGAUGCAUUAAGAUCAGUUACAUUAUUAUAUCAACAAAAAUUAAUAUAUGGUAAAAAGGAUCAAUUAGGAUUAGUUUUAAUUGGAACAAAAGGUACAAAAAACAAUUUACAAGAUGAUGGAUAUCAACAUAUUACAGUUGUAAGUGAUAUUGAAGAACCAUCAAUUGAAACAUUGAAAUAUUUAGAGAAUUUAGCACCUGGUGAAUCAAAAGGUGAUGUCAUUGAUUCAUUAAUAGUUGCAAUGGAUAUGUUAAUUAGAAAAACUGAAAAUAAAAAAUAUCAAAAACGUAUUUUCCUUGUUACAAAUGCAAGAGAUCCAAUUAAUACUGAAGAUUUAUCAAUUGUUAGAGAUCAAUUUAAAAAAAUAGAUGUAAAAUUAAAUAUAAUAGGUGUUGACUUUUUAGAAGAAAUAGAAGAAAAUAAUAUGGAUACAAGUAAUAAUAAUAAAAAUAAAAGUUUAAAAGAAAAGAAUGAAAUAUUUUUAAGAGAAUUUGCAGAAUCAGUUGAUGGAGUAUUAGUACCAGUUAAACAGGCAUUAGAAAUGAUGAGCUUUUUUAGAUCACAAUCAGUAAUGACUCGUACAAGUUUUAGAGGUGCAUUAGAAAUUACACCAGAAUUAAAAAUACCUGUAUGGGGAUAUUUAAAAAUGAAACAACAAUUAUUACCAUCCUUAAAAAAGAUUUCAUCAAUAGCUCAACAACAAAUUGAGCAACAACAACAACAACAACAACAACAAAAUAAAAAUAAAAAUAAUGAAGAUAAUGAAGAUAAUGAAGAAGGUAAACCAAAUAUUACAUUAGAUGUUAAUCAAGAAGUAUCAUAUUAUAGUAUUACAGAUCCAGAUAAUGAAAUUUUAAAACCAGAUUUAUUAAAAGGUUAUAAAUAUGGUAAAUCAUUAAUACCAUUUUCAAAGAUUGAUGAGGAUCAAUUAAAAUAUUCAUCAAGUAAAUGUUUGAAAGUUGUUGGAUUCACAGAUCGUAAAUCAAUACCAAUCUAUUAUAAUAUGGGUAAUACUGAAGUAUUUGUAUCACAACCUGGUGAUAAACAAUCAGAGGAAGCAUUAUCAUCAUUUAUACAUGCAUUGGUUGAGACUGAUCAAGUUAUGGUGGUAAGAUAUGUAAAAACAAUGAAUGGAUCACCUUAUCUUGGUUAUAUGAUCCCACAUGUAAAGAGUGAUUAUGUUUGUCUAUAUUAUAAUCAUUUACCAUUGGCUGAUGAUAUUAGACAAUAUCAAUUCCCACCAAUUUCACCAAAGAAUCCGUUAACUAGGAAAUCAAAUAUACCAAAUGCAGAACAAUUGGAAGCAACUCAACAACUCAUUGAUUCAAUGGAUUUAAUGAAAUCGGAAUUCGAUGAAGAUGGUGACCCAAUUCAAAUGUUAAAACCAAGAUUCACAUACAAUCCUUUACUUCAACAUUUCUAUCAAUGUCUUCAUCAUAGAUCUUUACAUCCAAAUACUCAAAUUCCAAAAUUGGAUCCUAUAAUAGCAGAGUAUAUUAACCCAGAUCAAAUCAUUAUGAAUAAAUCAAAACAAUCAAUUAAAAACUUUGCAGAUAAAUUCCCCCUCACUAAAACCACUGUAUUCUCUAAAACACCUGCUAUCUCUGGUGGCAAUACCAAUGGCACAACAUCCAAUACAAACAAUACAAUGAUUGGUGGUGUAAAAUAUCAUUGGAAAGAUGGUAUGUUAAUUGGUGAGGAAAUUAAUUUAGAUUCCUAUGUCACCGAUGAUGGUUCCGAGGCUAAAAAGAGAAAGGUUAAUGAUUUCUCAGAGUUUUCAUUGGAUAAGUUGGUCUCUGGUUAUGUUACAGAGGUUGGUACAAUUAAUCCUGUUCAAAACUUUAAAGAUAUGUUAAAUAGAAGAGAUAUGGAUCUUGUGGAUAAAGCAAUCACUUUAAUGAAGGAAAGAAUACUUCAAUUGGUUAAUGAUUCACUUAGGGAUCAAUAUUAUCAAAAGGCUUUCGAAUGUAUAAAAGAAUUAAGAGUUGGUUGUAUUAGAGAAUCAGAAGCUGAACAAUUCAAUGGUUUCCUCAAAGAUAUGAGAUCUUUAUUUCAAUCAAAGAAAAGAGAUGACUUUUGGCAAUAUAUCACUGCUGAUGUAACUUCAAUCCUUGGUGAGAAAUCAAUUAAUUUAAUCACUCAAGAUGAAUGCGAUUCUUCUGAAGUUACUCAAGAAGAGUUGGAUCAAUUUUUGGAUAAAAAGGUUAAACAAUUCAAUCCUCCUCCAAUUACAAAUGUUAAUACAGAUUCGGUUGAUGACUUAUUCGAUCAAAUUGAAUAA